GCUUGCUAAUCGCUGACUUAUUGAAUCAUGGAUCGCUAUUACAGUUGUAGUUUUAGUAUAGGAAGUAUGGGUUAUAUAAAAAAUAACCCGAAGACAAUGCCUUCUUAUAUACGAUGACGAGUAGGAAUAUAAUUCCUUUAGAUUGUCCAUGAUCCCGCGACGAAUACCUACCACUUUAGGUGCUAGAAUUGGCCUCGUCGCAAAUUGUCUGCCUCUACCAACCGUUGUCGCUUCUAAUUAUUUGCGAUUGCCCCCCACCCUGACGUUGAUAACCUACCGCGAUCAUAAUCCAACAAUCCCUACAGUUCGAACACAUUUCCGAGCGAGUUUUGUACGUAGCAUCCAUUUGAGCGGCGCCAACAUGUCGACUUCCCCCGCAACCCCGCCCUGCGAGUCCAGCAGCUCUGUCGCAUCUACGAGCGCCCUAGAGGAAACAACCAAGGCUCCCGAAGAGAAGAAACUGCCUCCCCUCAAAGGCGCUGAGUUCCGCGCAUACAAUUGACUAGCAGAGCACAUGGACGUAUUCCACGAACAUUUCCGUACAGCCUGGAACGCGCUCUGGGCCGCAGCCACCAGCAGCGGCGGGGGUAGUAGCAAAGGCAAGGGAUUAUCGCGGGGCGGGCGGGGCGUAAUAAGCGACGGUCUCGCAUUCGUAGCGCAACUCGAAAUACACCACAGCAUCGAGGAAACAUACAUCUUCCCCAUCCUAGCGAAGCGCAUGCCGGAGUUUCGCAGCGACGGGAAGGGUGCUAAGGCGGCGGAGUUGCUAAGGCAGCAUAAGGAUAUACAUGUUGGUAUGGAAGGGAUGGAGACGUACCUACGCGCGUGUCGGGAUGGGGAUCGUGAGUUGGAUAUGCCGACGCUGAAGGCGCAGAUGGAGAGUUGGGGCGCGGUGUUGUGGAAACAUCUUGAUCAGGAGGUGCAGACGCUUGGCGCGGAGAAUAUGAGGAAGUAUUGGACUGUUGAGGAGAUUCGGAGGAUACCUAUGUAGAUUGUGUGAGGAUGUUAGGAGGUGGGUUAGUAGACUGGUUCAUCAUGAUAUGUGGGUGGACAUAUCACGGCGUAUUAGGGCAAGUCGAAGAGAUUUGGACAUAUGAUACCAAACCGAAAUUAUAAGACUUGUUGGAUAGUUGCUGGGAGCUUGAAGGUAUGAAAUUAAGAUAUUUUAUGAUUGACAUACAAUAGAGAAGAUGAAUUAGAAUGAUAAAUGGGUUGUGAACGAGAAUUAAAAUGAAUGCCUGGGUGAGACACGGGAUAUCGCCAUUUUAGCCGUAAAUUUGUCAUAUAACCAGCCAACUAUCAUACUCUUAUAAAUCGUGCCCGAAAAACUUAAGCUGGUUUGGUUCUGGGAAUAAAUAAACUAUAUUUAAGUCCGGCAAACCUUUUAUUACUUUAAAUACGAAACUUCUGCGCCUGUGUAGAGAUCUGAG